AUGGGUAGCAUUGGUAGUUCCUCACCACCCCAUGUAGUGAUUUUUCCAUACAUGGCUCAAGGCCACACUAUUCCAUUGACAGACUUGUCCAAGGCAUUAGCCCAACGUAGCCUAAAAGUAACCAUCAUUACCACCCCAGCAAAUGCUCCAUUUAUCCUUUCCAAAACCUCUAUCCACCCAACAAUCUCUUUGUCCAUAAUCCCUUUUCCAAAAGUUUCAGAAUUGCCAGAAGGUUGUGAAAAUGUUAACCAUCUUCCUUCUCCAGAUCUCAUUUUACCUUUUUUGCACGCCAUCAAACAACUCCAACAAGCUUUUGAAGAUGUCCUUAAAGAGAUGUAUACACAGAUGGAGGAGAUUGCACUUGGAUUGGAGAACGCAGGACAACCGUUCAUUUGGGUGGUCAGAUCAAGAACCUGGAUCCCACCAGUUGGGUGGGAGGAAAGGGUCAAGGAUAGAGGGUUGGACCAGCAGUUGGGCUUGUCCAUGGGUGUGCCACUCUUGGGUUGGCCCAUGGGAACAGAGCAAGGAUUGAAUGCUAGGUAUGUGGCAAUGGGGCUAAAAGCAGGGCUCAUGGUCCUUCAAGAACAAGAUAAAUUCGAUGCAAAAGAUGACCCUAUGGCUGUUCAACAUAAUGUGAUUUGUGACGUUGUGAAGGAGUUGAUGCAAGGUGACCAAGGGAGGAAGGCCAGGGAAAGGGCACAAGAGUUUGGGAUAAAGGCAAGACAAGCUGUGGAAAAAGGUGGAUCAUCUGAUAAGAAAUUGGAUGAACUAAUUGAAUCCCUCACUCCAAGACAAAACAAUUCUAGGACUAUAUGA